UUCGGCAGCUGGACUAUUCCGUCUAUUUCAUCAUAAUAUUACGCUCAUCACUCGUUUAGACCACAUUUGCACGGAUGCACCGACAAUGUGCCGCGACCGUCGAUCGAGGAGGCCUGGCUUUUUUCGGAGGCCAACAGGCUUAGCCGCUAUUAGUCGGCAUUAGUGACCGUCUAGUCUGGUCGGUUAACUGGUUGAGGUCUUGGGUGGAUCCACUACCUUGUCUCUCCCAUUUUCCCUUUUGUGCUCGGGGCGUGUCGAUUUCUUCUUCCUGUUUCUUGAGGUCGAUUAGGGCAUACCCGCAUUUCUUUGUUAGGGGGGAAAAAAUAUGGAGAGACAAAGAGAACCAUUCCGCCACAUCGGAUGUUGGGUAGCAAGGAUUUAACAAAAAUAAAAAGGAAAACGAAGAUCUUCCGGAUAUAUCUCGAUAUAAAAGCCUAUACUAUUUACUAUAUGCUAUCGUAUGUUGUUGACAAUAGCUGCAUUUCUGCUCGAUACUAUUCUCAUAAUCCCAGUCAGAAUCGUAACCCUAUGAGGGAUACGCUCAGUCUAUCUCCACUACCCGCUGUCAGCAAUUUCAAUCAUGCCACGUCAAUUUCUUCACGUCCAUGUGGCUCCCUCCAGAUAAAUGAAAAACCGCAAAAAAGGUCCUUGGAAAAGAAUGCCGAGAAGAUUCCGGAUCGAAAUGAACCGUUUCUACGAUGGUUCCAUGUGGCGGUGGGGACUUUUUCAUAUGCACGAAUCUUGUGCAUAGAGAAGUUAUUGACACUAAGCUCCACAACGCCCCACCCCCUAACAGAUCGAUGCAUCACAUCCCCAGAUAGGCAAAGAGGCGAGAUGAUGCUGUGUUGGCGAAUGCGAUAUUUUGAAUCCUGUUUCGUACUUACCAGCCCACGGCGGACCGAGCACCCAGCACUUAAAUAGUCUAGAACGCGAUAUGGGAGCGAAGGAUGGCCAUUUGCAGGAGUGGCAGUGAUUCCACAAGUACGAA